AUGAUAUCACGCAACAAUAUUGAGAAUUUCCUUUUUUCUGAGGUUUCCUUAUAUUGUCUUGAAGUCCUCAUGAACACGUUACAAUUUUUAGGUUUAUUCUUCCUUGGCCUGCCUCGUGGAUCCGAUACUGUCGUGUUCAACUUACACCGAAUAUAUGGGCCACUACGGUUGGCUAUGCUUAUGACAGGUAUUCUGGUGACUUUUCUAGAUAGAUCAGAUUGCAGACAGAUAGGCAAACAGUCCACGCCCCUUCGAGGGGUUGAAAACAAACAACCUUCGAAGGGGCGUGGA